AUGUCUUUCUGUCGCUCUCCAAGUCGACAAAGGUGUCUUCUGAUGCAUUUGCGAUGCUACUGGCAUAAGCCGGGUAAAGAGGUGAUCAAACCACGGUACACGUAUUUCGUCGAUGCUGAGUGUGAGACGGGAAACGGUUGGAAGUGGUUAGAAAACUACCAAACUCAGAUGGGCAAGGCCUUGGCAACGUGGAAGAAGAUAAGACGUCGAACGCCUUGGGAUGGUUACAGUGAGCGAUCCAUGAAGGUAAGGGCGGCUAGUCGGAAGUGGCACGCUAUGAUAAUAGCGAAGGAGAAGGCCAAGGGAGGUGGGUGA